AUGGUCGCCGACGCUCUCGUUUACCACCCAGCACUGGCGCACUGGCUGCGCUUCGUCGCGACAACCGUUGGUCGUGAUAAGCUCCUCCGUACCCUCCAAUACUUCUCCCGCUUCUACGCCUGGUACCUGUACCGCACCAACAAGCCCCAGUCCGCAAUCGACCCCUACAAUGCCGUCAAGAAGCAGUUCGGCACAACGCGCAAGAUUAUGCGUAUCGGCAAGUUCGCCGAGCACCUCAAGGCUGCCUCCGUCGCCCUCGACAACAAGGGUCCUAUUGACCCUGUCCUGCGCUACCUGAGCGUCGGUCGCCAGCUCGGUUACGCCGGUUACCUGUCCCUCGAUAUGGUCACCGUUGUUGAUGCUAUCGGAUUCCGCAAGCUCGAGUCUGCGAAGCGUUUGCAGGAGCAAGCAUACCGCGCAUGGGCCGCUGGUCUGCUGUGCAGUGCUCUUGCGGGUCUCUACACUCUCUUCAAGCUGCAGGAGAAGGAGAAGACUGUUGACCGGAAGGAGGGUGAGGGUGUUGUUGAGGCUAAGAAGAUUGAGAAGGAGCGCUCUGCUGCUCGGAUACAGCUCUUCUCUGACGUGUGCGACUUGGCCGCUCCGUUGUCUGCUAUCGGCGUCCUCAACCUUGACGAUGGCAUCGUCGGUAUCACCGGUACCAUUACCUCCCUGAUCGGUGUCUGGUCCCAGUGGCGCAAGACCGCCUAA